UCAGCUGUACAUGUAAGCCCCGUCACGCGUUCGCACGCAGGCCGUGCGUUACAGAUGGAUGAAACGUUACCGAAUGUGACGCACUGUGUUAUAUCUAACAAUACAAUGUCAACUGGAAGGGUGCGAACAAAAAAAAAGGCAUGUUCUUCAGACCAGUCCCCAGACAACCUGCCUUUGAGGAGUUCUGGAAGACAGGUAAAGAAGAAGGCAGCUGAAGCAGCAGAUGAUGAUGAUGAAGCAUCAGAGAAGAAGUAUAGGAAGUGUGAAAAAGCUGGAUGCACUGCAACAUGUCCCGUUUGCUUUGCCAGUGCAGCUGAAAGAUGUGCUAAAAAUGGCUAUACGUCUAGAUGGUAUCAUCUUUCCUGUGGGGAACACUUCUGCAAUGAAUGUUUUGACCACUAUUAUCGAAGCCAUAAAGAUGGUUAUGAGAAAUAUACUGCCUGGAAAAGGAUUUGGACAAGUAAUGGUAAAAGUGAGCCCAGUCCAAAAGCCUUCAUGGCUGAUCAACAGCUUCCUUACUGGGUACAGUGCACAAAGCCAGAAUGUGGUAAAUGGCGUCAGCUGACAAAGGAAAUCCAGCUGACACCACAAAUAGCAAAAACGUACAGAUGUGGUAUGAAACUGAACAAUUCUACUAAGACUGAGGGCUCGGAUCAGUGUUCUAUGCCUGAGGACUUGAGAGUGGCUGAAGUUUCAGACCAUUGGUGGUACUCCAUGCUCAUACUCCCUCCUUUGCUGAAAGACAGUGUGGCAGCUCCCUUUCUAGCUGCAUAUUAUCCAGACUGCGUGGGCAUGAGUCCAUCCUGUACCAGCACUAAUCGAUUGCCUGGUGAAUCCAACAUUGUGAAGUUAGAGCACUUAAAGAGCGUGCCUAAUUUGACUGUUGCAGGAAUGAACAAAUAUUUUCAGCCCUUUUACCAGCCCAAUGAAUGUGGUAAAGCACUUUGUGUGAGGCCAGAUGUCAUGGAACUGGAUGAGCUCUAUGAGUUCCCAGAAUAUUCACGAGACCCUACCAUGUACUUGGCUUUGAGAAACCUCAUUUUGGCUCUGUGGUACACAAACUGCAAGGAGGCUCUUACUCCUCAAAAAUGUAUUCAUCAUAUCAUUGUUCGGGGGCUUGUACGUAUUCGUUGUGUACAGGAAAUGGAGAGGAUACUUUAUUUUAUGACAAGGAAAGGGCUAAUUAAUACAGGGAUUUUAUCAGUCAGUCCUGACCAGUAUCUCCUUCCUAAAGAAUACCAUAACAAAUCUGUCAUUAUCGUUGGGGCUGGGGCAGCAGGAUUAGCAGCAGCCCGACAACUGCACAACUUUGGAAUUAAGGUCGUUGUCUUGGAAGCGAAAGACAGAAUUGGUGGCCGAGUGUGGGAUGAUAAGACGUUCAAAGGAGUCACUGUUGGAAGAGGUGCACAAAUUGUCAAUGGAUGUGUCAACAACCCAAUGGCACUAAUGUGUGAGCAACUUGGCAUUAAAAUGCACAAACUAGGGGAGAGAUGUGACUUGAUCCAGGAAGGCGGAAGGAUAACAGAUCCCACUAUUGAUAAACGCAUGGACUUUCAUUUCAAUGCCAUCCUGGAUGUUGUCUCUGAGUGGAGAAAAGAUAAAACCCAACAUCACGAUGUCCCUCUUGGUGAGAAAAUACAAGAGAUCUAUAAAGCCUUUAUUCAGGAGUCUGGUAUCCAGUUCAGUGAGCUGGAAGAAAAAGUACUACAGUUCCAUCUCAGUAAUUUGGAGUAUGCCUGUGGCAGCAAUCUCUCUCAGGUAUCUGCACGUUCAUGGGACCACAAUGAAUUUUUUGCUCAGUUUGCUGGAGAUCACACUCUUCUAACUGUGGGGUAUUCUACUGUGAUUGAUACGUUGGCAGAAGGACUGGACAUCCGGCUAAAUUUUCCAGUACACAGUAUAGACUAUUCUGGUGAAGAAGUUCAGGUUACUACUGCAGAAGGAACAGUGUGGACAGCCCAAAAGGUAUUAGUCACUGUACCACUGGCCCUUCUUCAGAAAAACACCAUUCAGUUUAAUCCACCACUGUCAGAAAAAAAAAUUAAAGCCAUUAAUAGUUUGGGAGCAGGAGUCAUUGAGAAGAUUGCCUUGCAGUUUCCUUACAGAUUUUGGGACAGCAAAAUUCAAGGAGCUGAUUUUUUUGGUCAUGUUCCACCCAAUUCCAGCCAGCGUGGGCUCUUCAGCGUUUUCUAUGACAUGGAUCCAGAGGGCAAACAAAGCAUUUUAAUGUCAGUGGUCACUGGAGAUGCUGUAACAACCAUUAAGAAUUUAGAUGAUAAACAAGUACUGCAACAGUGUAUGACUGUACUUCGAGAGCUGUUUAAGGAGCAGGAGGUUCCUGAUCCAGUGAAGUUUUUUGUUACUCGAUGGAGCAAAGACCCUUGGCUCCAAAUGGCAUAUAGUUUUGUAAAAACAGGAGGCAGUGGUGAGGCUUAUGACAUUAUAGCUGAAGACAUACAAGGCACAAUUUUUUUUGCUGGUGAGGCCACAAAUAGACACUUUCCUCAGACUGUUACAGGAGCUUACUUGAGUGGGGUUCGAGAAGCAAGCAAAAUAGCAGCAUUUUAAGUAUUGAAAUUUUGUGUUUAUAGAUAUAUUUUUGAUUGUUUUCUGUGGGCAAGACUAUCUUCUAGUUUCCUAUUUGCUCCUUCUUCCUAAGUGGUACUUAAACAGUACAUGGUACCUGAAGAUGAUAAUCUUCCUUUUCCUGUUUGUUUUGUUUGUUUUACCCUUUUAAGCCGUGAUGAUCCAUAUUGCUUUGUGGUCCCCUGCCCUCCCCCUCCAGCUUAAGGCAUUACUAGUGAGAGUGACAUUGGAGUCAAAUUUACUGUAUGCAAAUUUACUGUAUGCAGCUUUACUAAUGGAACUUUUGUUGGGAGUCCUUUUCUGUAUGGCUUAAGCCAUACUAUUAUAGACCUUCAUUUCAGAAGGUCAGAUUAAAACGAGACUAAAUUAAUGUACAGCAUUAAAAAAAAUGCUGGCAGUUAGUAACAAUGAUGGGGCUUUUCCACUAACUGUGCUUCUCAGGUUGAUUAUGUUCAUAGGAGUUCAAACUUGUUUCCAAAAGCUGGAAUAACCUAGCCAAAUUCUAGAAUUACCGUAAGAAGCAACACAACUAUCAUUCUUUCCACUUGCAAUCAGUAACCUCUUCUAUAAUAUUUCUUAUGCUUACCCUCCACAAGGUGGGCUUUGGAAUAUCAUGUUUAUUCCUUUAAAUUAGACUGCUGGAACAGUUUACAGUGCAAUCAUAGAAGGGUUAUUGGAGCCAAUAAACAUCUCAAAGGAAAAACUGAACUUUUGCAUUACUGUAAGAACUUCACUGAAAUACUCUCUGCUACUUAUUCAGAGACUUCCUCAUUACAAUAAUAGGGUAAGUUUAGAUUUGCAUAAGUGCUUCUGAUCAUGUAGGACAGCUUAAAAAUAUUGUUUCUAUGACUUUAUUUGAAAGUGAACUUCCAAAUUAGUUUGGGCUGAGUAGAUGAACUAUCUACAAUUAUGAGGGCACAGUGAGGGAUGAAGAACUAAGUUCUUAACGGCUCAUUCAGCUUUCAUAUUUAAAAAAUAAGUGAAGAUGAAUGAGGAAAAAUAUUAACACUUUUAUGAAGGGCUGAAACCAGGUAGUUUGCACUUUGACUUGAAGUUUUUUUUUUUUAAAGUAUUAUUAAAAAUGACAUGAGGGAGUAAUUCAAUAAGGGCUAAGCAUCUCUCUAGUAACUUUUCCAUGGGACAUGGGAAGUAAGUGUCUUUCAGUAGAAAUAAGACAGGCACAAUGAGAGCAUCAGUUGUCAUACUGUUCCGUUAAAAAGGUUAUUAAUAGAAAAAAAUUAAAACCAACUUUUACUUCUCUUCCCCGACACCUUCUCUGUAACUAACUUUACUGCAUAGCCCUCGUGUUUCCUGGAAGGACAGUAAGCACUUGCUCUUUUUCUCUUCAUUGUCGCGCAUAGGCUCUUUCCUUUUUUUAAAUCUGUUCAUGCAACAAUGACACAGCAAGCUUUUUUUGAGUUACAGUGCUUAUUUCCAUGAAGCUGUAUUUUGGGGAGAAAAACAAGCAACCUUAAGAAAGAAAUCCUACUGAAUAGAAGCCUUUCUUCUACUUUUUUAAAAUACCUAAUAAUUUGGUUUUAGAGUAGCUAUGAUAUUUGUUGAAUAUCUUUAUUUAAUCUCUAAUUUACAAGGUGAAGAUGUUUAUAUAACUAGAUGUUUUUCAGAUAUAUAUCCUGUUCUGCUUCUUAAAGCUGAAUUAUAUGGGUUAAUUGGAAAAGUGUAACUUCAUAAUUUUUCUCUACAUAAAUGUUAAUAUGUACAGUUUUAAAACAUUUUCAAGUAUUAAAGUGUAAUUUAAAGUUAUAAGAAGCAAGACAGAAUCCUCUGACAAAAGAUAGAUAAUCAAAUCCAGAUUUUGCUUUUGGUAAUCAUUUGCACUUUGUUACUUUCACAUAUUACAGGUGAAUUUGUAAAAUAACUAGAAAAGAUUAUGGGAGCUGCACAUGUUUGAGUUCCCUGUUUCUUUCCAAGUUUACCAUGACAAAAUUAACAGGAGUGCAGCUUGUGAAGGUGGUAAAAAGCUUAUUAUUACAAGCCCAAAAACAUUAAUUAUAAUUAAUGGCUAAUUCAGCUGACCUUGGUCAGAACUUAAGUCAACUUCUUAACAUAUAGACACAUUCAACUUUAAGUAAGAUCUGUCUGGAAAGUCAAGCUCAGCUUCCAUUUCAGCAAUUCAUCAACAUUUGUAUGCACGUGCUUAAUUUUAGGCAUAUGCUUUCAUCCUGUUAAUUUGUACUUUGGGAUUUAUAUUUGUCUGCAACUUACCAGGUAGAUAAAUGCUAUACUCUAAAGAAUAGAGAUGGACAUGAACAAAUAUUCUGUCAUAUUUGGCUUUAGCUGCUGCAUACUUCUUAUAGCACUAAAAAAAAAA